CGUCAGUCUGACGUGUCAUCGUAAACAAUACUGUCGCGGCGAAAGAGCUGAAUCCCUUUGCUGGAACAAGUUAGCUUCACCAAUUUCUGGAUAAAUUGUUCUAUCCUCAGGACCACGUCAGUGAUAGCUUCUUUUGACACUGCGAAGAUCAAAACAAAAGCAACACGGAGAAAAACGGAGUAGUCAUUUCGAUUCGUUAUUUCUGAUGAAACUAUUGUAAUUUGUGAGAGAAAACUGUGAUCAUACCGUCCUAGCAAAAGAUUCCAUCAUGAGUGAUAUCCAAACAUGGUACAAACAAGUACCACCUUUUACCAGAAUUUGGCUUUCUGCGACUGUCGGCAUUUCCUUGCUGGCCAAGAUCGGUAUCCUGCCUGUGGGAUAUCUCAUCCUUCAACAAUAUCCCCUGUUCUACCAGUUUCAGUUAUGGAGGCCGAUGACUGCAGUACUAUUUUAUCCUUUGAAUCCAGGAACAGGAUUCCAUUUUAUGAUGAACUGCUAUUUCCUGUACACUUACUCAUUGAGAUUAGAGUCGGAUCAUUACAAGCAGAAGCCCGGUGAUUAUUUCUAUAUGCUCUUCUUCAACUGGUUCCUGUGUGUCAUCAUUGGGCUUGUGAUUGAUCUCCCAAUCUUGAUGGACCCCAUGGUUCUAUCGGUACUGUAUGUGUGGUGUAAACUAAACAAGGACGUUAUCGUCAAUUUCUGGUUUGGCACACGCUUCAAGGCAAUGUACCUACCCUGGGUGCUGCUGGGAAUGAAUAUGAUUCUUUCUUCGGGAAGCAUAUUUUCUCUUCUGGGCAUCUUCGUCGGACACGCGUACUAUUUCCUCAAGUUUAUCUACCCCGGAGAGCUCGGUGGACCAAAUCUCAUCGAAACUCCAUUCUUCAUCAAACGCUACUUUCCGGAUGUGCAAGGUGGUACCCAUGGAUUUGGCGUUCCUCCCAUGGGACAGCGCCCAGUGCAGCAACCAGCACAAGGACAAAUGCCCGGCUUCCGUCAUGCAUGGGGCCGCGGUCAGACAUUGGGACGUGAAUAAUCAGAGGGGGCAUUUAGUUUAUUGUAAAUAAGGCUACUAGACAUCCAUAAAUGGUUGGAUAAAUUUAAACUCAUGUUUGAUGUUGCCUCAUACAAAGAACAAGAAGGUUGUCGUCAGUGAUAACAUCUUCACACAAUGCUGGUAUUGUCGUUCCCACUGUCGGUCUACAAUGUUUCCUCGUCAUCUUUGUUUGCUGUUAUGUGUGUAUUGAAGGAAUUCAAAUGUAAACAACGAAAGUCGAUAGGUUUUCAAAUAAAAUAAAUAUUUAACAUCUUGGGUAAACG